AUGUCCAUCGAAAAGCUGGAAGAAACUUGGACUUCAGGUUCCAUCACGACGUUGUUUCGUUUACUGGGUUCCGCAGCCGCUAUUUCUGUUCCACUCCGAUCCCCCGUUGCGGGUCUUAGCUGGCGCCUGAUUGUCAAGAGGUGGCAACCUUCGCGGCGCCAGCUACUCUUCGAUUCCCAUAAUUGUCCCGAUAUAUGGCGUGGUACACCAGUCAACAUCACGGUCUCUUUUCCAUCGCAUCCUGAUGAUCCAUCCCUCUUCACCACAUCUAUCCUGGGAGAUGGCAAUACAGGAGAUUAUCUUCCACUGAUCACUUGUCAUCAGAACAAGCUUAGGGACGCUCUUAUCUCGCUGAAGGUUACCUUUACCAAUCCACUGACGUGCAAUCUGUUCGAUGUACUUGCACACGUCGGGCCCAUACCAGACGCACCUGCCAGCGCUGACGAGCCCAGAGCCCUUCAGGCCUGCUCUGCCCUUCGUGCCCUCGAGCAAUCUUUCAAGACAGGGACAUCAUUUGACAUCAUAUUUCAAGCCUACACUCGUCGCUUGUCCCCCGGAAAGGUCGCCAGACCGAUUCCGAUCUAUGCAAACACCACUGUGAUGCAAACCACAACACUUUUACCAGACUUUUCAACCGAAGAAGACCCUGAUCUUUCGGACCUCUUUGAACUGUCUGAAGGCGACACUCUCCCUUUCACUUCCCCGGAGAGUUAUGAGUACGAAUCUGACAGUGAUCUGGACGACGACGACGACGACAAUAAUCUGGCUGUGGUGCAACCUCAGCCAAGCAAUCGGACAUUGCUUUUGGAGGAUGUUGAGAUGGUGCCGGUAGUAACCAACGUGAACCUGAAAUAUGGAUAUCGGGUUGUCCUCAUAAAAGGCGUCGCCUGGAGGACGUGGCACACCUUUAUUUAUUACUGUUAUACUGGCAUUGUCAACUUUACGAAUUUGCGAUCUCAAGGUCCGCCGAAGGCAGCGCUUCAGCGGAGUCACUUAGUAGAUGGACCACCACAUUGCUCCCCGAAGUCGAUGUAUCAACUGGCUAGGAAGCUUCACAAUGAACCAUUAUCUCAACUAGCUCUAACGGCCAUUGAGACUAGGUUGUUUGCGGCCAACAUACUGGAUGAGGUAUUCUCCAAAUUUACUUCCAGGCACGAUGCCGUCAGAGAAAUGGAAAUUCCCAUCCUGGUGAAACACAGGAAUGCGUCAGAUGUUCAGCAGGGUCUCCCUACCAAAAUGGAAGCUGUGGCCAUGGGCAAUAUACCACAUGCUGGGCCGGUUCUCACUGCGUUUUACCAGCGGUUUGCGCAGACACCCUGCCAGAACUAA